AUGUGGAAACCAACUGUGUUACUCGCUGCUGCGCUGGCGGUCCCAGCACAAGCGCUACACUUCUUCAUGGAUGGUGCGACUCAGAAGUGCUUCUACGAGGAAUUACCCAAGGACACACUGGUUGUUGGCCACUACCACGUCGAAGCCUGGGAGGACGCGACCAAGUCCUACCAAACCAAACAAGACGUUGGCGUCUUCGUCACGGUCGAAGAAACCUUCGACAACAACCAUCGCAUCGUCGCACAACGGGGUUCUUCCCAGGGCCGCUUCACCUUCAGCGCUGCUGACAGCGGACAACACCGCAUCUGCGUUACACCCCAGAACGUCCCAACCACAGGCUGGUUGAGCUCAGGUCUACAUGGCACGGUCAAAUUUACACUAGACCUGGCGAUUGGAGAGACAAGCAGGAUUGAGAGCACGGACAAAGAUCAGGUCGAGACGCUGGUGCAAAAGGUCAAGGAUUUGAACUCGAGGUUGCAGGACGUUAGGCGGGAACAGGUCUUCAUGAGGGAGCGCGAAGCCGAGUUCCGCGACCAGUCCGAACACACAAACUCCCGUGUUGUCCGCUGGACACUGAUCCAGCUCGCCAUCCUCGGUGUCACUUGUGCCUGGCAGCUAUCGCACUUGCGAGCAUUCUUCAUCAAACAGAAGCUUACCUAG